CGGGCGCACCCCUGGCCCCGCCCCCGGAGGCCCCGUGCGGGAGCGCGCCCGGGCGUGCGCAGGGCGGCGGCGCGGGCGCGGUGGCGCGCGGUGACCGUUGGCGCUGAGGGGAGGAGGCAGCGCGGCCGCCGCCGUUGCGCAGAUCCGGGCCGCGGCUGUGGGGAGGGCGCCGGGGCCGGUGACCUUCCGGAGGCGGGAGCGAGCCAGGGGGCCCGGGACGCCGAGCGCCGCCGCCAUGAACAACUCGGGCGCUGACGAGAUCGGGAAGCUCUUCGUGGGCGGUCUUGACUGGAGCACCACCCAAGAGACUCUACGCAGCUACUUUUCCCAAUAUGGAGAAGUUGUAGACUGUGUGAUCAUGAAAGAUAAAACCACCAACCAGUCUCGAGGCUUUGGGUUUGUCAAAUUUAAAGACCCAAACUGUGUGGGGACGGUGCUGGCCAGCAGACCACACACACUGGACGGCCGAAACAUCGACCCAAAGCCAUGCACACCUCGGGGGAUGCAGCCGGAGAGGACACGGCCGAAGGAAGGAUGGCAGAAAGGACCCAGGAGCGAUAACAGUAAAUCAAAUAAGAUAUUUGUCGGUGGGAUCCCUCACAAUUGCGGUGAGACAGAGCUCAGGGAAUACUUCAAGAAAUUCGGAGUGGUCACAGAAGUGGUCAUGAUCUACGACGCAGAGAAACAGAGGCCUCGAGAUUUCUCUUCUCCAGGUGCUAAAUUAUAUCACACAGGUACAGGCCAGUCCCGCAGUCAGAGGAGGGAACGGGCUUUGCUCCAGUGGGGUGUAAACGAAGUUUCAGUGUGUUUCUGUCCGCUUCCUCAGUGGUGAUGUCGCCUCUUGACAGACAGAUGCGUCCCUAGACGCCCCGCCCCGGGCUCCUUACCCAAGACUCACCGCCUCUUGCGCUAUAACGGACCACGCCAGCCCUGUGGUUGCAGACACUCCUGCACUUUGGGAAAAUGUUGAUUUUUAAACCUGCUGUUCAUCA